AUGGUGACGGGACAGCCCGCGGUGUCCUGGCCUGACUGGAGGCCAGAGGGCGGGAGGAAGAGGCGAGGCCACUCGGUCAACAGCAGGGCGGAGCUGACCACAGGCUCGCAGGCCGAGGGCGCGGGCCCGGGACCGCGCACGGCCAACAGCCCGGGAGGCGGCCGCGAGCCUCUCCUGGGAGUUCGCGGCCAUGAGGACAGACAAAGACGACCACUGGCAUCUGUGGAAACAAACACGGUCUUGGAUUGUCACCGCCUGAUCCCCCUCGCCUGGGCCAGCAUCGCUAGGCGGACGCCUUGCCUUGGAGAACAGAAAAGGGCAACAGCUUCCUUGCUGCGUGAAUUGACCACAGCCUCCAGUGGAGGGGGCCUUGAAGGGUUACCCCCUGCUGAACCCAGAAAGUACCUGCAGGAACCAGAGUGCAGGACAAGCCUCAGUCAGAGCCUCCUUGAGAAGCAAAGGGCUCCUGCAGAUGGACGGUUCUUGGAGCAGGAAGAGGUCAUCAGUUCCCUCCUGGACAUGGGUUUCACUGACACCCAUGUUCAGGAAUUGCUCCGUAUACACCCACGUCCCCACCCUCAACAGUUGCUGGGCGUCAUCUCAGAGUUAAUACUCUUGGGUGUGAACCCCGAGCCCGUGUGCAUGGUGUUGCAGAAAAGUCCUCAGUUAUUGAAACUGCCUGUAACGCACAUGAAGAAGCGCUCUGGUUACCUGCGAAAGCUUGGACUUGGAGAAGGGAAACUGAAGAGGGUGCUUUACUGUUGCCCUGACAUUUUCACCAUGCAUCAGCGGGACAUUGACCGCAUCGUCAGGGUGCUCAGGGAGAAGUGCCUUUUCACAGCGCAGCAAGUGACCGAGAUUUUGCACAGAUGCCCGUAUGUUCUGCGGGAGGACUCGGGUGAGCUGGAAUACAAAUUCCAGUAUGCCUACUUUAGGAUGGGGGUGAAGCACGCGGACGUGGUGAAGACUGACUUCUUGCAGUACUCCAUCACCAAGAUCAGGCAGAGACAUACGUUCCUGGAACGCCUGGGACGGUACCAGACCCCAGACAAGAAGGGGCAGACGCAGAUUCCCAACCCUCUUGUCAAGGACAUUCUCAGGGUUUCAGAAGCGGAGUUUCUGGCAAGGACAGCCCAUUCUUCUGCUGAGGAGUUUGAGGUUUUUAAGAAGCUCCUGGCUCGGGAGGAGGAAGAGGAGUCUGAGAGCCACAUGUCUGGCGACGAAAGCACCAGUGAGGAGGAGGCCGAGGAGGGCGAGGACCAGGAGGAGGAGCUGUGAUGAAGGCCCAGAGACAAUUAAGGACAUUUGAUUCUCUCAAAGCUUUCGGGAGCUUCACUUGGAUCUGCUCAGGUGAUUUUUCAUUCCAAAACUGGUCUUUUGAUGAAAUUUAUUAUAGGUCACCUGAGAAGUAGGUCAGACUAAGGAGGAGGUGUGCUAGUUGGAUUUGCUGUCAGGUCUCGGGGAGAGCCCUGCUCCAUUGGAAAUAAAGACUCACUCCUGGCUGUUAGAAUUGGGAGCUCAGUGCA